UGUACAAUACAAAAUAUAUUAUUUGUGUAAGACUUUUAUAAAAAACAUUAAGUAAAAAAAAAAAAAAGGCAACACAAAUAAUUGCAAAUAAUGUAAAAACAUAAUAAAAUACAAAUUGCCGUAUUUCCUUGAAUUGCCGCAGGGCAUAUAGUAUGCGCCUGCCUUGAAUUAUUGCCGGGUCCAACUCGCCUCGCAAAAUAAUUAACGAGUAACACUUCCCCUGUCAUCAUUUUCAAAAUGGAGGAGGCUGAUUUCAAUACCGGUAAUUUGAAAUCACAUAAAGGGAAGAAGAUUAAGAGCUAUUCAGUAGGCUUUAAGGUCCAAGCUUACAUCACACUCAAAUUUUUACUGCAUGCCUUUGGUAAGUGCCGGAGUGAGAAGAGGUUAUAAAAUAAUUAGUGCAUCCUUACAUUUACCGCAUGCCUUUGGUAAGCUCAGGAGUGAGAAGAGGUUUUAAAUUAAUUAGCGCCCCGGCGGCAAUUCAAGGAAAGACGGUAACUGUAGAAAUAUGUACAAUACACAAAAUAUAUGUUUCAUAUGUUUUAGAAUUACAUACAAAUAUUGGGUAAAAAAAAAUUGAUAAAUACAAUAAAUAAAGUAAAAUAUAACACAAUAAAAGUGUAAUUUAACAACUAAUUUUUAUAAAUUAAAUAUAUUUUUAACAUUUAAUUACAUUUUAAAUGGAGAAUGUUUACAAUUGGUUUCAAUCAUGGUUAAUGAGCAUUGGUUCAUUCAUUUUAUUGACAAUCCCCUAAAUAUACAUAAACUGACUGCUAGGUUUGCAACUAAUAUAUUUUGGAAUAUAUCAUGUUUAGAUGCAAAUUAGUACACCAUCAAUAUGUUUACCCACGAAGUGAAAGUGAAAGUUAAAAAAAGUUUGAAGAAGAAAUUUCAUCGUUUUAGUUACUUAUUUGUCAGCAGUUGUUGCUUCCCUGGCUCGGUUCUGUUGUGCCUGGACGCCCUGGACCCGCGGUGGGAGGAGUCGCGUCUCCAAGUGGGGCCAGCAGGACCGGGGGUGUCCUCGGAGGACUUGCGGGGGCUCCCUAUAAAGACUUGCUGCUGCGCGCCGCACAUCAUGCUGAUGACCAGGAUGAUGACGAUGGACUUCAUGGAAGACAAGUUCGGGCUGAAGAACCAGGCCAUGAAGGCCGGGGACUACUUCGCGGAGCCGGUCAUGGAGAGCCUGGACGGCGGGGGCUACUUCGCCAAGUCUCCCUCGAAAUGCGCGCAGGCCUUCGGGCUGACGGAGCACCGCGGCUCGCCUCGCGGAGACCCGCACGGAGUGAGUGCGGUUGUUUGCAGGCGGCUACGGCGCGGCCAAAGCCGGGGAGGAGGGCGGCGGCUGCGCGGCGGAGGAGGACCGGGGCGACAACAAGGUGACAAGCAGCAAGAAGCGGCGGCACAGGACCACCUUUUCCACGGCGCAGCUGGACGAGCUGGAGAAGGUCUUCCAGAAGACGCACUACCCGGACGUCUACGUGCGGGAGCAGCUGGCCACCAGGACGGAGCUGACCGAGGCCAGGGUGCAGGUGUGGUUCCAGAACCGAAGAGCCAAGUGGCGGAAGAGAGAACGUUACGGACAAAUCCAACAAGCCAAAAGUCACUUUGCAGCCAGCUACGAUCUCGCCGUGUUGCCUCGCAGCGACAGCUACACACAGAUCCCAAACAACUUGUGGUCCAGUCCGCCUGCCGCCGGCUCCGUGGUGUCGCCCUGCAUGCUCCCCCGAGGCUCCCCCCCCUGCGUGGCCUCCUACUCGCCCCGCUCGGCCUCGGGCGCCGCCGACCACGGCUACUUCCAAAACCAGCAGAGCCAGUUGGGCCACGUCUCCCUCAACAGCUUCUUCGGCGCCGACCCCCUUCUCACGACGGCCCCCAACGGCCACCACCACCCCCACCACCACCACCACCACGCCUUCGAGACCAAGCCCGAGUUGGAGAGGCGCUCGUCCAGCAUCGCCGUGCUGCGCAUGAAAGCCAAGGAGCACGCCGCCAACAUCUCCUGGGCCAUGUGAUCCCGGCUUCUAGAACUUUGGGGUGACUCCGCUUCAUAACGCUGCUGGUUCUUUGGAGGUGGAGCCCCUCACUGCUCCUGUCAAUCAAAACCAAACUAAUCGGUGCCAUCAGGAGCAAAAUGUUGGACGAAUGUGGACUUUGAAGGCUCCAGUUAGCGGACAUUCUGCUGUCCUUCAUUUGGAUCCACUACUGCAGUGUUUUUUUUUGUUGUUUUUUUUAAUAAACACCGACACUCAUUUUCCUCCUGGACCGGACUGACGUCUUCUUGUGCUUUGCAGGAAAGUUCUGGUCCUGGCAGGUCCACAUGAGGGUGCAUGUUUGCGCUGAGAAGGAUGUUGAUGUUUCUGUACAAAGCGAACAAAUCACUUCAUUCUUUCAUGUGUGCCAUUGUCUCCUCCGCCAGGGGGCAGAAACAACUUCAUCAAGAACAUUUCACCUUAGAAGUUCUUACUGCAGCCUAUUUAGGCGGCAGACUUCUUAGACCGAAUAAAUAAUCACAAUCAGACUUUAAGAAACGUUCAAUUCCUCCAUCUUCUUGACGUUGACAAGAUUUAUGCCGAUUAAAAAUGACCAAAGUUGUCUUUCUUCUCAGUAAAAUCAUAAACAUACUUCAUGUUUUGUUUUAAAAUAAGGAGUUCAAUCCCAUUAAAACAGACUCUGCUGCUUUUUGUGU